GAAGGAAAUAACGUAAAAAGGGAGCGCCUCCGGGGACGCGAGUCCGGCGUAAAUUGGGGCUAUGGCUCCUCGGCGCCUCCUGUUGGUUGGGGAGGGGAAUUUCUCCUUUGCCGUUGCUCUGAACCAGACCCUGGAUCCCCGCACUAGUCUAACUGCCACCUGCCUCCAGCGCCCGGCCGACUUAGCCCAAGAUCCGGUGGCCCAGGAGAAUCUGCAGCGCCUGCGCGAGCGAGGUGCCGAGAUACGUUUUGGUGUGGACUGCACACAGCUGGUGGAUGCCUUUGAACUGCAAGACCGAGAGUUUGAUCGAAUUUAUUUUAACUUUCCGCACUGUGGACGCAAAGCUGGAGUAGCUAAGAACAGGGAACUGCUUGCCAAGUUUUUCCAGAGCUGUGCAGAUGUUCUUGCAGAGGAAGGAGAAGUCCAUGUGGCAUUGUGUAAAGGACAAGGUGGGACCCCUGCUGAUAAGCCUAUGAGAGAAUGGCACAACAGUUGGCAAGUGGUUGCCAUGGCAGCUCUGGGGGGAUUCAUUUUAAGUGAUGUGCAUCCUUUCAGCUGUGAGGCUGUGCCAGGAUACAAGUGCACUGGAUAUAGGAGUCAAGAUAAAUCCUUUCAUGUAGAAGGCGCUUUGAACCAUAUCUUCACACGGAGCUUAGCCUUUGAAGAUUUGCAGCCAAGAAUCUCCAGGAUCAAACUGGGUGACCAAUGGUUUUCUUUUCUAGAACCAGAAGUACUUGCAGGAAAACUGAACAGGGGUUUCCUAGAAGCACCUUCAUGUCAUCCUGUCAAAACCAUAAAUGAGAAGCUCAUCAGUGAAUUGGGGAAGGCUUUCCCUCUAAAAAGACUGACGUGUCCCUCCCAUUUGCUGCCACAGGGAGGCACCAGUGUUCUCACUGUUGGCAACUGUGACGUCCUGUUAUCAUCUGCCUUUUGGAUUAGUCUCUGUGAAGAUAACUCAUAUUCUGAGUCCCUGACUGGUGGGACAACACAGGACACAGAGGACUUUAUAGUGUCAUUUUCAGAACUCAGCCUUCCCAGGUGCCCUGGAAGAGACAGUAAAUCAGCAGCUCAUGAAGGAAUGUAUGACCAGGCCAAGAUCUGCCUCAGACCUUCUCUUCUUGUUCAUGUUCAGACUGUAAUCCAAGCACCAGACUUCCUCCCAGGCUCUCUGCACAUCCUCAGUGGACCUGUCUUUCAGAAGUGCCUCAUCUCACCCUUCACAAUGCCAGCAUUUCACGAGACUUUAUUUAUUCUUGGAUUUGAUAAAAAUCUGAAGGAUGGCUGUCUCCAGUCACUACUGGAUCACUUGAACGGCAUUCUAAAUAGCCUCCUGAACCAGACAUUGCUGGAGGGCUCUGAGCUGAGUAGUUCAGUGGAAUUUGUCUUUGAACCAAAUGGGAAAGAUUAUAUGGUUAAUGUGAAGUCUCAUAAUUUUGGGUCAGAUUGCAUUAAGGAUCUGAUUAUUGGGUCUGUUACCACGUCUGCUACAAGCAUUAUACACAAAGAUCUGUGUUUUGUGUGUGUGUCUGUGAACUUGGACCUAUUAGCCAUGCUUGUCUGGGGCAUCUCUGAUUGGAGGAUGUUGUGGACCUUUGAUAACCGUUUCCUGAAGAAUUUUUCCCCUGGGAAGACAGCACCCUUUAAAAGCUAUUCCCUCUAUCCUCCAUACUAUGUGCAUGAUAUUAGUUUUUGGUUAGAUGAAAAGAAAAGUUUUGAUGAAGUAGAGUUUCACACUGUGGCUCGAGCAGUGUCCCAGGACACUGUCAUAUCCAUACGAUUCCUUAGUCGUUUCCAGCAUCCAAAGACUGAGCAGGUCAGCCUCUGCUAUAGAUUGACCUACCAGACCUGUGACAAGGCCCUCACCCAGCAGCAGGUAGCAUCAAUGCAGUCCCAGCUGAGGAAGGCGAUUCAACAACAACUAUAUGUGACACCUCGGUAGUUCAGUAAAUUCAUCUCUACAGAGUGGUCCUUAUGGGUGUGGGUGUGGAUGAAAAAGACCAAUUUGCAACUGGGAGUUUUUGUCUAGACCUUUUGCUUUUGUAAAAAUCUUUUUCUAUGAUAAUAGCAAUUGUUGGUUGAUUCUAAAGAUCCUUGUGACUUGAUCGCUUAGACUGUAAUGUGAUUGGCAGCCUUUGGAGUUGUGCAGUAUUUUGAUCAUGAGUAAUGACUAGGAGAACAAAACAGCAUCUGUGUAAGCUAGAGGCUGUAAUGCUGAAGAGGAAGUAGAACCUGAGUAUCUCAUUAAGUAUAUUUAUAAAUAUAUUUUCCACAUUGUUAAUUCUUCUUCCCUUAUCUCUAUCAUAUCAUCUCUCUAAAUCAAUUGAGAGUGGUUUUUAGAGUCAGAUAGACCAGCAUUUAUUAGCCUAGGUAAAUGGCAAAUGCUCCACAUUAUUGGUGAUCAUUGUCAUCAUGUUUAUUCUGUGGUUGACUGCCGUUACAGUCAUAGAAUGAAUAAGAGUUCACACUUGGGUCUGUUUAACUCUAAAGCCCAUGUUCUUUGUCCCACUUUCUGUCAAUUAUCCUUCCUUAGUUUUCUUCAACAGUAACCUCUCAAUUGUGAUUAACUCUAAACUUUCACCCCCUAGAUUUUGGAGCUUUCUCCAAAUGCAUUAGCAAAGCAUCCCUAAGGGACAGUUGGAGAUUGGCUCAGCCUAGGACUCUGCAGAAUGGAAUGCUCCAAUGCGAGUGAAUGUAUGUUUCUGUUAAUCGUUAGGCUCCACCGAUUGUAAUUACAUUGUAAACCCGGUGAAGGAAAUAACUUUCUUAUUUAUUCUUGUAUUUGGAGAGGAGCAUGUGGAAAGGCAAGAAUGGAAGCAAACAAAUUGAGGUUGUUAGAGUUUCCGCUGUGGUGCAAUGGGAUCUUUGGCGUCUUGGGAGUGCUGGGACA